AGAACAUCUACUGAGCAUCCGUGUGACCCUUCACUGAUACGAGAAUGGGGAAGAUCAUAUUCUACGAGGACAGAAACUUCCAGGGUCGGCACCAUGAGUGCAUGAGUGACUGCGCUGACUUGCACCCCUACUUCAAUCGCUGCAAUUCCAUCCGGGUGGAGAGCGGCUGCUUCAUGGUGUAUGAGCGGCCUCAGUACCUGGGCCACCAGUAUUUCCUCCGCAGGGGGGAAUACUCUGACAACCAGCAUAUGAUCGGCAUCAACGAUUGCAUCCGCUCCUGUCGCAUGAUUCCCACGUACCGCGGUUCCUACAAAAUAAGGUUGUAUGAAAGAUCAGAUAUCGGAGGCCAGAUGCAGGAGGUGAGCGAUGAUUGCCCCAACAUUCAGGACCACCUUCAUAUGUCUGACGUUAACUCAUGCAGUGUGGUCGAUGGCCACUGGCUGCUGUACGAGCAGCCCAUCUACAAGGGAAGAACCUACUAUGUGAGACCCGGAGAAUACCGAAGAUACAGUGACUGGGGCGGUGCCAGUGCAAGGAUUGGCUCACUCAGACGAAUCACCGACUUCAACUAA